AUGUCAUCAUCAGCCGAAUCCAUCACAGUCACAACAGUCGUCGAAAACACGGCCAACGACGAAAAUCCUACUACAAUGGCAACACCACCUGUCGCUGAAUGCGAGAUGUGCUCUAAAAUUAUCCAAGUCUUCUCUGGUCCUAUAUACCCAGGAACUGAUGACAAGCCAAUUCAAGUUGUCCAGCUGGGCAACGUUGGCGAACUCCUCGCUAUGGACUGUCCGCAUGCAAAAUGGCUUCGAGAUAUAGAGUAUCUGAACGGCCCUAUUCCUCGCUACGAAACGCAUGAUCUACUUUUCCAUAGGUGGGCAAAGGAUCCUCAAGGAUCUGUAGGUGUUUGCUUUGAAACCUCUGAUUUCAAUGUGUGGAAUAUGACUCUCAACUUUGAAUUGCUAUACCGACCUGAGAUACCUGAGCAUCCUGGGACUGUUCGGCUUCUAGAUAGAAGUUGGGUGGACAUGGACCUCAUCAAAGAAUGGCCGUCACGGUGCAACAAACUCCAUGGAGAGAUGUGUAACCAGACUAUUGGGAAUGUGCCGCCUUACAGCCCUCGGCUCCUCAUCGAUGUAAUACAGGGUUGUGUCGCAGAGUGCCAGGAAACAAGGCCCAGGUUUAUUACACUAUCAUAUACUUGGGGCGAAAGCAAGAACCUUCGUAUCACGAAAUCUAAUCUUGAAGAAAUGAAAAAGCCAGGCGUGUUGAGAUCCAGAAACAUUACCAUGCAGCUACCUGCAACUAUCUUGGACGCCAUCGAACUCACAAGAGCUCUAGGCGUACGGUGGUUGUGGGUUGACAGUCUGUGCAUUCCUCAAGAUGACGAUGAGGUUCUGAAGCGUGAGCUAGCAGCCAUGCAUCGCAUUUAUGCUACUUCUUUCCUUACCAUCGUCGCUGCCGAUGGUGAAGAUGCAGAGUAUGGUUUGAGAGGCCUAUGGGGUAUCUCAAAACCGAGAGACAUCAAGCAAAUAAUAGAGUCACUCUCUCAAGGAGAGAAAGUUGUUUUCUGGCCGUGGAACAAGAGCAAUAAUCAGGUAGAGUAUGGGCUCAAAUAUCGCCAUCGUAUGUGGACUUCUCAAGAAUACCACUUUUCCAAAAGACGCUUGAUUUUCGAAAACGGACAGGCCUCUUGGCAGUGUAAUCACACCGAGUGGACCGAGGACCACGUAUAUAACCCAGAGCAUGAAAAACUCCAGAAAGAACCGCCUGAAAGUUACAUCGGGCAUGAUGCCUACUUGAAAUUGCCAAGUUUGAAUCGCCUAAGCGCACUCGUCGAGAUAUUCAACACCAAGACUCUGCGCUACGGCGAAGAUGUUUAUAGUGCCUUCUCGGGAUACAAUACACACCUGAAUACCAUAUUCCCCUACGGUUUGGUAUACGGCCUCCCCCGGCUAUUUUUCGACAUAGCGCUAUGCUGGAAACCGAGCGGUCUGGUCCAAAGAAGAACGGUAUCAGCACGAUAUAACGGAGAUCCGUUACGCACUGGACUGCCUAGCUGGUCGUGGAUGGGUUGGAAAGGGCAAACAAGUUUCCCCGGCGAUGCCGAAGGUGAAAUAGACGUCUUUAGGGAAAUGGGCUUCACCGAAGCUAUCACCGAUUGGUACGCCAUUGAGUAUCCUGGAUCGUGCCAGAAACAACCCAUCCAUACCCGAUGGAGCCAGUGCAGAAACGCACCUCCUGGAUCGUUGGCUGAACUAUGGCGAUGCGAGGAAUUCAAGCCUCCGGAAAUGUACGAUACAAGAAGCGACAAUAAUCUUAACGAAGCUGAUUCGAUGCCAAAAGAGCUGCCGCGUCACAUAUACCAUGCUUAUCUGGGCGACAAUCUCAUACCAGCGACACGAUGGAACUUGCCCGCUUCACGUUGGUACCCCAUACCCUUGAACAUGGAUGGACCAGAUGCGUCGCAAGCCGAACUGCACAACGAGUUUCAAUACCUGUGGUGCCAAACAUUUCGCGCGUAUUUCACAGCCACUCAAGAUAUCGUUGUGCAAUCAAUGGAUGAAAAGUUUCAUCUGCUGAAAGACCAGAGUGGUGUUACUGUCGGAGCAUUGCGUCUUCAUGACGAAGAUGAUGCAAAAUUGUUCCAGCAAGAAACGCAGGUCGAGCUUAUAGCGAUUGCUAAAGGCUGGACGAUCGUUCUUAGUUGCUACGGCGCGUAUGACAGUGAAAUUGAAACACAAACCGAGUCAGAACUUGAAGAGGAAGAGACGGCCAAAGAGUCUUCGGAUAAUGAAAAUAAAGGGUCAGCAGAUAUUGAAGAUGGUCUGCAGAUGGAAGAGUCUGAGAUCCCAGCCAACCGAAAGGGGGAGGUUAUCCCGUGGAUACAAGAGUGGGAGAACGCCAAGAAACAUAAGCAGGAUUGCUACCAUGUACUUUGGAUCGAGUGGAAGAAUGGGGUGGCCUAUAGAAAAUGUUCUGGUUUCGUGUUGGAGGAAGAGUGGGACAAAGUGGCAGAAGUCAGCAGAAUCGACAUAACUCUGGGUUGA